AUGUCACCCUCCGCGCAGCCGUCCUCGUGGUCCCAAGUUCCACGGACAUGGACCACAACGAACACUGGCACCAAUGCCCUUACCCCCGCGUACUCGAGCAAUCCCACGUCUGAAGCCAUGGCGCGGUGGUAUAACGAGCCGCUGCGUAGUGCGCCGUACAACGACGUGGGAUUGGUUCGUCGCACCGAUUCCGUUACGCAGUCCGCUGUUGGGUACCUGUCCCAAACCUUAUCGAACCAAGCCGACAGGGCACCCUCGUCGUGUGAGGCCCAGAAUGGAUCGUCAACUUCCCGCCAGAGCCACCAGCCGUCCUAG